GCUCCUACCAUUUCUUCUCUUUACAACACAAUCAUUCUCUUCACUUCAAACCCAUUGAAGCUUUCCAUUUGUUUUGCCACAAGAUAGCACUAAGCAAUGGCUUCAAUGUCUGCUCAUGGGUCAAGUGCAUGGACUGCAAGAGAAAACAAAGCGUUUGAGAAAGCUUUGGCUGUGUUUGAUCAAGACACACCUGAGAGAUGGGUCAAUGUUGCUAAGGCCAUUGGUGGAAAAACUGAAGAUGAAGUCAAGAGGCAUUAUCAACUACUUGUGAAGGAUGUUAAGCAUAUUGAGUCUGGUGAAAUCAAUUUUCCUUAUAGAAGCUCUACGAGAUUGUGCUGAUGAACAA